CCUCCCCUUGUUUCCCUGUAGGCACAGUGAGUGAGACAGCAGGCACCGAGGCUCAGCUGGACACUGACUGAACUCUCAGAGGCCGCUCAUUCAGACGCAACAGGAUGCUUUACACUGUGCUACUACAGUUGUGGGAUGAGUCCGUGCAGGCUGUGGACGCCAAGGACUGGCAAGGAGCUCUGGACAAACUCGAGCAGAUUAGUGAACCCACGUCUCGCACCCUGUUCAACAGCGCCUCAGCUCACCUGGCUCUGGGACAACUGGACCUGGCCCUCCAGGCUUUAGACCUCACUAUUGUCAAGGAUGAACGUCUUGCUGUCGGCUUCUUCCAGAGAGCAGGAGUGAUGAUGCAGAUUGGCAGGUUGGAGGAGGGUCUGUCCGACUGUAUCUGGGCACAGAAGCAUAUGAGAGGAAACAUCGUCAUUGACUACACGCAGCUGGGACUGAGAUUCAAACUCUACAGCUGGCAGGUGUUAUAUAAUGCAGCAGCUGUGUACUGUCGGAUGGGCCACUGGGAGCAGGCCAGGGAGGUCCUGCUGUCAGCUGCUCAGGAGAGAGGAGGAAGUCGAGGGGGGAACGUCGAGGUGUCUCUGGACAGCAUCCUGAGAAAGGAGGUCCUGGCUCCCAUCCUGGUGCCUGGGCAUGUGGUGUUUCGUCCCAAGAAGCAGGAUGUGGAGCAGCUGCCGGAGAGAGAUUUCCUGGGCAAAGCAAAGGUGAUCUCCUCCAUGAUUCCUAAUGAUGAUUAUGGAGGCUUUGAACCUCUGAGGCUACAGAAACCUGGUUUCUAUGAGCCCAAGAUGGAUGGAGCUCAGGAUUCUCGAUACAUGCGUGUACGUGUCCCUUACAUGGCUCGGGGCCAAGGACAGCUGACUGUGCCGGGAGGGGCCAAAGUGUUUUUAUUCGGCGAGGAGGACCGGGAUGGGAUGGCAACUGUUAUAUUUGAUGGAAAGAGAGGACAUCUGCCAGUGUCCCUGCUUGAACCUUUAGAUGUCAAGAUGUCCAAAGGCAAAAAGGAGAAUAAAUUUUCCAGUGGAAUCCCCUUCCCCCCCGGACUCAAGCCACCCACCCGUCCACAGGGCCAGCACGACCCUGCAGUUCCUCCUCGGGUACGUUUUACCUCAGACACUCCACCUCCAUCCCACACCACUCCCACCCACGCACCGUUGCCAGCCUCAGAGCCUCCCAACACUGCCAGCGAGCAGCCCAUCAGCUCAGCUCAGCUGGAGGAGGUUGACUCUGUGGUGGUAAAGGUCCACUACACGUACACUGUGGCUCUGUCUGUCCCUCUGGACGCACCGUACCAUGAGGUGAAGGAACAGAUCGCACAGAAACUGGGUCAGUCUGCGUCUCAGCUGCGCCUCAGACAUAAGCCACAUGGCUCCCAGGUGCUGAUACCACUGAGAGGGGAGGUUGAGCCAGGCUGCACCAUGCAGGAGGUGGCUGAGGCGGGCAGAGCCAUCCUGUGGUGUCAGAAAGAAGACCCCUUGGCCAACUAUACCAUCCUCUACCAGAUGGUGGCGCUCUAUGACUACUUUGUUCAGGGCCCCGAGGACUUGGAGUUCAGUGAAGGAGACACCAUUGACAUCCUGGGCGAAGUUAAUGAGGAAUGGCUUGAGGGACACUGUGCAGGAAAUAUUGGCAUCUUCCCCAGCUGCUUCGCCUACAGGGAGGACGCCAACAUCACCCAGUCCUAAAAGCCGACAAGUUACUGUACAGUAAUGUCCAAUAAAGCUGUGAAUGGUGGCUGUUUAUAGCCUCAGAACAGCCACACAGCUGCCUUAUAGCAGCAUACAGUCCACUCAGCACUGACUUUAUUGUGCUUUAAAAAUAUUUCUGUCCCAUAUGGUAUCAAUGUAAUAUUACUAUAGUGGCUCCGAGUAUGUCUAUGAUGAUGAAGAGCAUGUAUAUAUUAAACCUUCUGUAGUUUUCCAGUUUUUUAUGUCCUAUAGUAUCACUAUAAUAAUCCUGAGGUACUCUGUAUUAUUCAAAUAAGGGUUUAUACUGACACCUGUGAUGACUGUAUGAGACUUUGUGUAUGUAUGUUCGUGAAAUAAAUAAAAUAAAGUGUAUACAGGUUAUUAUAGACUGCCAUAAGGGCUAAGAUUGUAUUCUGAUAUAUUAUCUUAAUAAAACUUCUGAAGAUCC